AUGACAGACACCGAUUUGCGAGUUGUCGUCGCGAUAGCUCCGAAGACAAACACUGUCCUCCAAUAUGAUAGUGAAUGGAAUGUAAUUCACUGGGGUGUCCCGGCAUUAGCGUGCGAACCUCAGAAAAAGAAAAGGAAUCGUGAUAAAACCGAAAAUAGACCUGUGGAAUUAUUCAAAUUAUAUCUGGCUGAUAUAUCUUUGCACCAGAAACCUAAUCUGCCUUAUGGAUUGGAUUAUCGUAAAGCGAUCAGGGAUUAUCUUGCCCAAAUGAGACCGGCGGGCGCCCUAUACUGCAUGAAAAAGCUAGGAGAGCAUAGAUUAACAGCUGGAGAUUGUGGUGGUGGAACUGUUGAUUUAACAACACGUCAACUUCUUACGGAUGGCUCCCUUAGCGAGAUCACCGAACGCACGGGUGAUCUAUGUGGAAGUACCUACGUCGAUGACCAAUUCAAGCUCUUUCUAAAAAAAAAACUUGGUCAAGCAGCCGUAGAACUUUUUGAAACUAAGCACUAUGGACAGUAUCAAUACCUCAUUCACGACUUUUUCUGUCCACGUGUCAAAUGUGUUUUCACCGGUAACCAAGAAGACUUUAAAGUUAUAGAAUUGGAUAUUGAAAAAAGAUGUCCAGCACUAAUUGAUUAUGUCACCGAUGAAAUUCGAGAAGAGAUGGAGAAUGAAGAAUGGCUAAUCGAAAUAAACUUUCAGGAUGUGCUUAAUAUGUUCUACCCAGUAGUAGAUAAAAUUAUAAUAUUAAUAAGAAAUCAACUAAAUGCUUCUAAGCAAGAGUGUUCGGCAAUGUUUUUGGUUGGUGGAUUUGUAGAGUCGCCCUAUCUGGUGAAGAGAAUAAGAGAACGAUUUAGCGAUGAAGUUCCCUUAAUUACCGUGCCUCAACAUCCAAUUACGGCUGUUCUUCGUGGGGCAGUUAUUUACGGACUAAAUAAGAAGUCUGUUGCAAAUCGUAUGCUAACGAUGAAUUAUGGCAUAGAAGUCUAUCCGAAAUGGAAAAAAGGUGUUGAUCCUAAAAAACGCCAAACCGAAGAUGGCCGAAUUGCUAAGUUUAAUUGUCUUGCUAUGCGAGGCAGAGUUGUCGCAUCUGAUGAAAAAUGUUCCGGCAUAUACUAUCCUAUACACCCAGCUCAAACUAGUAUAAGCUUCAAAAUAUUUGCUACACCUAAACCUAAUCAACGGUUUUGCAAUGAACCCGGAAUGAAAGAGAUCGGCGAAUUAAAGAUUGAUCUUCCUGACGUACAUUUGGGUCUCGAUCGUCCCGUGGAAUUUGGACUUUACUUUGGAGAAUUGUUAAUCACUGCCACUGCGUGUAAUCAAAAGAAUGGAAAG